AUGGGUUCUCUUCGUCUUGCGCUCGUUGCCGUUCAGGCCUUUGUCGCUCUCGUAGUUAUACAGUGCAAAUCUUCCGCGUGUGACGAGAUUACUUUUGAACCGGCGCAGAGCGGUUCCGCAAUCUGCAAACCAAACGACCAGAAAAAAGGAAUUGAGCUUACCCUCGAGCCCAAGGAAAAAAGCCUCUCUUUCAAGUGUGAGUCAGAAGCCGCCACCGUUCUCAAACCGGAAGAUCCAAAAGACAAUUUUUAUAAAACCCAUGAAUGUGAAAUUUUGGCGCCUCUCGCGUCUGUGUGCGCCGGUACCACGUUAACAUCCAAACCGGAUGUAAAUCCGACGACAUACACAUUGAAUAUGGGAGAAGGGGAACGAACGGAAGCAACCCUCUACUUCAGCUGCGAAAACAAAGCCGGGUUGCCAGGGGCAGUAGGGCCAGCUGCUCUUGUAGCCCGUGAAGCGCCAAGUACCCCAAAUUGCAUUGUCAAGGUUAACAUCCAGCCAACAUCGGAUAAGGAACCUGAGCAUCCACAAGCCGGAGAUGGGCAAACCCUGAAAGUCGCCGAAUGCAAAACAACGACUGUGACAGCGACUGCUUCCUCGGCAUCGCCGCUCGCCUUCAAAUGCGGGGCCGGCACAUUGCUGCUGCCCGCGCAGCAUGAAAUGGUUUUUAACGGCAGGGAUGGAGAGUGUGGUGCGGAGGUCGCCCUGAGAAGCCUCGUGGACGCGACGUUGCAGAUACCGGCGGAAAAUCAGGAUUUCUACACACUCAGCGUCAACAAAGAUCCGCUGCACAACACUACGGUGUGCUACAAGUGCGAAAAAACAGCUGGAGGAGAGGCGCUACGCCAUCGCAGCGUGCGAACGGACGCAGAUGAUAAGCUGCAGUGCCUCUUCAGGGUCGAGAUUAAGGGCACUUCAGGCGCAGAGUCAUCCACACAUUUGACGGAUGCCGGGGUGCUGUUCUUCAUGGGGACACUCGGAUUUGUCUUGCAGACUCUGGUCUAA